AUGCAUGUCUUGCUUCAAUCGGAGAGGCAAGUUGAACGUCCUUCUGUGGCAAACAUAGCAAAUAUGUAUAGUGAUAUAAAAAAAGGCGUCAUUGAGGGUACACAGUACACUGUUGUUGGAACCAUCAUUGACAUAGAUAUGUUUAAUGAUUGGAAGUUCAUCCAGUGUUCUAGAUGCUAUAAGAAUGCUACUUUCGUUGAUAAUCGCUACUUUUGUUCUGGCUGUCAGAAAAUUAUAGUUAACCCGCGUCAAGUGUUUAAGUUGGUAGUUGAAGUAGCUGAUAAGGAUAAGGAGAUGAGAUGUGUUUUCUUUAAUGAAUAUGCUACUCAACUUACUGGCCUUACUAUUGGUGAAUUAGUUAAUAUGAAUUUAUUGGAGGAUGACUUACAUAAUGUCAAAGAUGAGGGUUUUAGUGCUUCUAUGUCAGAAGUAAAUCAUACGGAAUAUAAAGAUGAUGAUGUUGGUUUGUUUUCCAUUAAAACAAAUGUUAUUGAAUCAGUAUCACCUAAAUCAGCAACAUCAACAUUAACGGUCAUUUGUGAUAAUCAUCAGGUUGAUGUUUCUGACAAGCUCAUUUAUAAGGACGGUUCUGGUAAUAUGAAAGAUGAUGCUAUUGUGGCACCUAUGUAUGAGGUUGCUUCUAAUAGUAAUGAAAAUGAUAGUGUUACAAAAUGUGUAUCGGAGGAAAAAGAUGUCGAAGAUAGUGACAAUGUUGGUGACGAUACUAUUCAAGAUGAUAUUUCUAAGACACCUAUCUCCAUAUGUGGUUUACAAGAUGGUGGAGAAAGUGAAGUUGGUGAUGAUACUAUUGAAGAUGAUAUGUCUAAGACACCUAUCUCCAUAUGUGGUUUACAAGAUGGUGGAGAAAGUUAA